AAUGUUAGCCUUUCGAAUGGUCGUCCUUGUCCUCACUCUUAUUCUCACUCUCCCUCGCCUCAUCAUCUAAUUCUCCGUUUGGGGAAGUCCCUACCGUGAUACCAACGGCAAAACCAACGCCGAAACAGGAAAGAACGACAAUAGAAGAAAGCAUACUAACCCUAAAAAUGCCAAUCGCGCAAAAGAGGCCUAAGAGGAAUGCGAAAACGUUCUUCUGAUAAUCCAUUCCAACAGAAACGAUAAAAUUGCACAAGGCCUACGACUCGCCAGCCGCGUCUGUACUACCCAAAUCGUCCCAAUCUCCGCACAUAUUCGAGGAACAAGAAUUGCGCGCACCGGAAGGAACGCCAAAGAUAACUAUCGAAACCUGAGUGUUCAGAAAAUUAACGGUUUUCUUCGCAAUUACGAAUUCCAUUAUUUCAUCGAAGAAGCGUUCUUCUUCAAUUUCACCGUUGAAGAGUAGGUGCAGUGCUACUCUGCUGCAACGACAGAGGAUGAUGAUGUUGAAAACAACAAAACGACAUGUCGUCACGUGCCUCAUCGAAAAUACUUCGUGACUUGUGUGUUGUGGUGCGGAUCAGUUGUUUGAGAAUUUGGGUGAGAAAAGGAGUAAGUAAAGAUAUUGGAAGAGAAGACAUGAACCCUAGGCCACUGGUGCCUUUGAUUAGGACGGCUGCAGUUAUCUUUGGUGGAGUAGUCACUCUCAACUUGACUUCCACUGUUACCAUUAAAUUGCUUCGCUUUGCGUCUGAGAAGAAACGGGAAAAAGUUGCGUUGCCGUGUAGGGCUUGUAGAGGGAAGGGGUUUUAUAUAUGCAAACUGUGCAAUGGGAAUGCCACCAUAGCUUGGUCGCCCAUGUUCGACCCUAUUGCAAUUAACCCCUGCGUUUGUCCUACUUGCGAAGGAAACAGGGUUCAGCGUUGUUUGAACUGUCUGGGAAAAGGCUAUGACUAACUAUUAUGAGAUUUUGAGAUGGAUAGUGCUGGAUUUAUUUUGUUCCUUUAUGUGAUGGAUGAUGAUUAAGCAAGUGACUUGAUCAAAGAUUAUUUUGAGUUCUAUAAUAAAUCGUGGCCUACAAAAAUGAGGAAUCAUCGCAACCUUUUCUGUGGCUUGGCGGUGCUCCUUGGAGAUGCUGACGGGCUUUAAACUUAAUUUGCCUGUAUACUGGCUCUCUCAUCACAAGCUUACAAUUAUAACUUUUAAGUAUAUUAUAAUUUUUCAUGUUUUUGUUUUUGUUAUAGCUUGCAGAAGUGGGUUGCUUUUUGUUUACACAUCAUGUCAGGUUAAGUUGUGUAAGAAAAUAAAAUUUCUAGUAUCGAGAUGUAGUCUUUUGUGCAGAUUGUGAUUUGGACAU